AUGGUUUUGAUAGAAGGACUGAGCUCUGUCCUGGAUAGCCAGCCUCUGGAUCCUCAAGGGGAUGCCAUCUUCAUCAAGGAGGCAUGUGAUUUGUUUUUGGUUCCCCUUCUUCUCCAGAGCAUAGAAGAAGCACGAGCUAUGAUGCAAUUCACAGAGUAUUCCCGCUGCAGGUUUUGGUCUUCACAUCCCAACAGCUUUUGCUCAAGCUCAAGCACCUCCUCAUUCAAUGCCUUGAUCUCUGCAUUGCGCUGCCUGCUCACACUCUCGAUCCCAAGAUCUCAAUGUUCAGACAACUGUCUCCCUGGAUUCAGGAAGGCACCAAAGCCCGGAGCCCAGUCCUGCUGUUAUGACUGUGUCCCGUGUUCCGAGGGAGAGAUCUCCAACACAACUGACAGUGAGAGCUGUAUCCAAUGCCCAGAUAUGGAAUGGCCCAAUGAGAAGAAGAUUCAAUUUCUAUUUUUCCUUAUUACUGAGGUUAUAUUGGGAGUUUUCAUUAAAUACCAGGACACCCCCAUAGUGAGAGCCAACAACCGGAGCCUGAGCUUCCUCCUCCUUGUCUCCAUCAAGCUGAGCUUCCUCAGUGUGUUUCUGUUCCUCGGUCGCCCUGUGGAUAUAACCUGCAUGCUGCGCAUCAUCACUUUUGGAAUCACCUUCUCCAUAGCUGUCUCUUCUCUCCUGGCCAAGACUAUCAUGGUUUGUGUUGCUUUCAAAGCCACCAAGCCAGGGAGCUCAUGGAGAAAAUGGCUGGGAGUCAAACUGUCCAAUUCUGUAGUCUUGUUCUGCUCAUCCAUUCAAAUAAUCAUCUGCAUGACUUGGUUGGCCAUUUCUCCUCCCUUUCAGGAACUGGACAUUCACACUUCCCCUGGAACCAUCAUCAUUCAGUGCAAUGAGGGCUCAGCUAUUGGCUUUUACUCAGUUAUUGGGUAUAUGGGGCUUCUGGCAGCUGUUAGUUUUGUUUUAGCAUUUUUAGCUCGGAGCUUACCGGACAGUUUUAAUGAGGCCAAGUACAUC